AUGUCUCAGAAUCCGGUUGUCACCGUCAAAGACUUCUCCUUGGACACAGUAAACUGUAUGGUUGAAUUCUUCAAGUCUGGUUGCUACGAAGUCGACCAGAGAAACUUGCCAAGUGUGCUGCAAGCUGUUGGAGGCUCGCCAGCUCCGGAGCACUUCAUGCGCGAUGUAUUAACCUGCCACCUUCAAAUCUGUGCCAUCGCUACGCAAUAUGGCGUUCCCAGGCUAUGCGAGCUUGCUAGAGACAACAUUCAGAAGGUCUUCGGAGGAAAAUGGUUCGAUUCGGCUUUCCUUUUCACUGCCGCCAUGGUCUUAAAAUCAAAGGACGAUAAGCUGCAAAGAUUACUUGUUACUCUUGCGAGAGGGCACCUCCAUUCUCUAACAACUUCUGACGGCUUCGACCAUGCGACAAUGCUCAAAAGUUUUCAUCCCAAGCUCCGAGAGCAAGACGAUACGGUUCAACAAAAUGGAGAUCAAACGAAAUCAACAACGGCUCCAUCGAUCAAGAAAGAGAGCUCCACUGAGCUUGAGGCCCUCCGACUCCAAUUCUCUUCUCUCAAACAACAAGUAAUAACAGUCUCCAGUGAGCGAGACCAACUUAGAGAGCAGAUAUCGGUUGUCUCAGUCAAGCAGGAAGAACUACGACAGAGCCACGCAGAUAUUGCUGCUGAGCGAGACUCAUUGCGUAGUAGGUUGUCAACCUUAGCAGCCGAGAAUGAAGAACUCCGGAAGGUUGCGGCGAAAAAGCCCGCUCAAGUCAAUCGCGAUGAACAUGGAAUAAGUGAUGCGAACAAGAAAUCUUCAGCGGAAAUUGAAUCAGAGGAAAGCGCUAAAAUAAUUGAGACACUCCAACUAGAGCUUAGAGUUACAAAAUCCGAGAGUGGCUUGCUCAAGGCCAGAUGGGCUAGAGAGAAGACAGUGUCGUCGAUUCUGACCCAAGAGAACGACGAGCUGAAGAAAACCCUCGAACUCGAGAAACGUAGCAGGGUCAGCAUUACGGAAUUUGCACGAGACGAUGUUCGAAAUGCCCUCAAAGACGAGCAGAAGGUGACAACAGACUUGACUGCGAAACUCGCCCAAGCGUCAGAGGCCCUCGAGGCAGAAAGAAAGCACACAGCAACUCUAGUGAAAGAACUCACUCAAACCAAGAGAGACCUUGAACUGGAGAGACAACGAAACAGUGGCAUGUCUCUGAGGGACCGAGACAGAAUGAACGAAACUAUCAGGGCCCAGAAAAGCGAAAUUUCGGCGCUCGUUAAAGGACGAGAUGAGAUCAAGAGGGAAUUACAGAUGGUGAGGACUGAGAAGAAGAAUGAGAUUGACAGAAAAUGGGAGAUCACCAACAAGAUUAAUGCGUUAAUCCACACAAUGCACGAGUGGGAUGAGUGCCGUCAUUGCGGUGCUGAAUUUGGAACAUACGUGGAAGACCACGGCAGCACGCUAGUUCUGCGAUGCGCUGACUGCACAACUCGACACUGGGCCUGA